AUGUUCCUGCGCCUAUUCACCAUUGUCUCUCAGGCACUUGUUCUUUCGCAAGCCUUCCUCUGGUUUGGAACGUUCCUCUGGGCGCACAUGCGGAGCUUCUGCUCAUAUCCCGUGGUGGCUUCGACGUUCCGCUCCUGCGACACUAUCAACUCGAAUUUGACCGUCUGGGCUGCGCUCCCACUACUCCUGGGCGCGCAGACUACUGGUCUGGAACAGGUCAUUAAUCACACCGAUGCCCACAUCGACAUCAUCAUGGAUCUUACAGAGACACGCAUUGCAUCUCUCGACCUGUCCAUCCUCGUACAGUUCAGCACUCUGGAAUACCGCGAUCAAAUUGCCAUGCACAUCAACAAGGUUGCCGACGAUGCGCUCGAUUUGAACCGCGCAUUGCAGAUCCUCUCUGCCAAGGUUGGCGCCGGAUUUGAUCGGAUUGUGUCUACGAAUGACCAUCUCUACCGCGUCUUGCGCGCUUCCUCAGCGACGGCCCAGCCUGCGUCAGACUCUGUCCGGUGCCAGGUCGGCCCGCUGUUUCAAGGUCUCGAUAUCCGCGGCUGCCUACCACACACUUCCUACCCCGACAUCUCUCACGCCUACGACCGCGCCCUCCAGACCUAUGAGACUGUGCUUCGCGAGCUCAUCCAGACCAGCAUUUCCUCCCUGACGAAGGCAACCGCCUUCGACGCCGACCUCGUCGCAGUGAUGAGCAUCAUAGGCGGAGAAAAGCUGGAGAUUGACAUUACCAAGAAACAGCUGGGGAGGCUGUGGACCUUGUUGGGCGGAAACAACUAUCAAUUGACCCGCUUGGCUCGUAACGAGCAAGUCCUCGAUCGCGUCGGAGAAUACAGCGCUCGAUCUCUUCGCUACGUUCGCUCAAUUCAGGAUACCCUGGAAAACAUGCAAAGACAGCUGGAGGAGCUGCGGCUUGUGGCUUCCGGGGCUCUCAUUUCCGAUGUAGCGCCUCCCGAAGUCGUUUUGGAGAUGCUGGCCAGAGGGUUGGAGAGGUUGGGAAAUGCAAGAGCGGCUGUCGGUGGGGGGCGCAUCCAGCGGGGGUCGCUCGAGGGGCUCUAA